AUGAAAUGCAAUGAAAAAUUCAAAAUCAAAACAUUACCUUAUAUGAUUUAAUCAGUUCAAUUAUUACUUCAAACAAAACCAUAAAUAUAAUUACUACUAUCAAAUACAACACUUACCUUAUCAAGAUAGACUGUAUUUUCACUCCUAAGCCUUAUGUAUUUUGAAUUAACUAUAUAAUAAUCUGUAUAGAACUUUAAAUUUCCUUAAUAUUUCAAUUUUUCUACUUAUUAUAUGUAAGGAAGUCAAUUAGAAAAGUUGAAAUGUCUAAUAAAUUACUUUAAUUAGUGUGUUGAAUAUCCAGAGUAUUUCAACUUACCAGAUAUAGUUUAUAAAAGAGUUUAAUUGAUUGAAAUUCCAAAUUGGAUUAAUUGUCAAAUACCACUUUCAGGUUUCAAAUUUGAAAAAUAAAAGAAUGAAGAUCAUUUGAAUUGUGGAAUAGUUGAUUUUAGUGAUCGAUUUUUUGGAGGUAAAGUAGCAGCUGGUAGAGGAUGUGCUUAAGAAGAAGUCUUAUUAUUAAUAAAUCCAGAAGCCAUUAUAGCUACUUUAUUUACUUCAUAAUUAGGAGAUAAAGAAAGUUUAAUCAUUUAAGGAAUACUUUAAUUUAAUGAAUAUAGAGGCUAUGAGGAUAGUUUUACUUGUAUCCCUAUAAAAUAUAUAAAUAAAGGACAAACUUUAAUUGCUAUUGAUGCAUUAUAUUUUGCUACAAAACCUUAAGGUUAUUAAUUCACUUAAGAAGCAAUAUUAAGAGAAUUGAAUAAAUCUUAUAUUGGAUUUAAGGGUAGUUAAUAACAAGUUAUUUCUACUGGUAAAUGGGGAUGUGGUAUUUAUGGAGGAGACAAAUAAUUAAAGACUUUAAUUUAAUGGAUUUCAUUUAGUUAAGCUUGUCCAGAUGGCAAUAUUAUAUUUAAUGGAUUAGAUGACAAAGCAUAUCAUGAUUUAGGAAAACGAUUAGAAUUAUGUAAAAAGAGGUAUUAAACUGUUGGGAAUAUAGUAAAAGAAAUAUUAAAUUCAAGUUAAAAAAAUAUAUUAGAUAAACUAUGUUGA